AUGGUUUGUCCGCAUAUGAAUCAAGUGGUUUCUAACCAAAAGCUUGGUGACGCAGUGUUGAAAGAAUGCGAAACGGUACGAUAUCUGCUUCGCCACGCAGACUUCAAGAAUAGAACUAUGAGAACCAUGAGAUGUAUGGAUUGUGGUGAAAUUAGCUGUGGAUCGACUUUCAUUUGCUUGCAAUGCGGAUUUUGCGGGUGCUGGAAUAACAACCAUUUCUUGGAUCAUUCUCAAAAAUUGGGACACAUCUUUGGGGUUAAUUCAUCAAAUGGUCUAGUGUUCUGUUUCAGAUGUGGUGAUUUCAUGGCUGAUCUGGUCGCUGAAAUUCCGGCUAGCCAAUGGGAUACUGUAAUGGAAAAGACCGAGCUACCAGCUAGCUUACACAGAGAUGGAUUACAAGGUUUGGUGAACAUGGGAUCCACCUGUUUCAUGAGUAGUAUCAUUCAAACCAUCAUACAUAAUCCAUACUUUGUCGAGGACCUGUUAUCUCAUAAGCAUUGCAACAAUUGUGACAUUAAAUCAGGAACCAAGUGCGUCUCUUGUGCAUUGGAUGAAAUUGCUUGUGACUUUUACGGGAAUGGACCUGGGACAGGGAAGUCUUCCUCCGUUAGCAAAGGCUUUGUAAACCUUUUAUCUGCAUCAUGGCAUAUCAAUCAUCAUCUUGUUGGCUCGUCACAACAGGAUGCACAUGAGUACUGGCAGUUCUUAUUGAACCAACUGCAUACGGAUCAUGCACGAGUAUUCGGAUCGUCAAAGGCCCCUGAUUGUCAAUGUAUCACGCAUCGAAUCUUCCAAGGAUAUCUUAAAAACACUUUACAGUGUUCUCAGUGUGGAUUCUCAAAGACCACAAUAGAUCCAAUCAUGGACCUUUCCUUAGAGAUCAAAAAUAACCCUAAAUUAGAAGAUUGCUUAGAUCACUUCCAAAGAGAGGAAACAUUAACCGAUUUUCACUACGAAUGCCAAAGCUGUAAACAGAACCAGGGUGUGGUGAAACAGUUAACGUUGCAUAAGGCUCCUAACGUAUUAGUUAUACAGUUGAAAAGAUUCGAACAUCAACUCAACGGUCAAAGCGCAAAAUUAAAUGAUAGAGUACAGUUUCCAUUGCAUUUAAAUCUAAAACCCCAUUUAUUCCAGAUUGAAGAUGAAUAUAUUCCUAAUAUUGCAUAUGAUCUACUAAAUGUAGUCUCCCAUCAGGGGACGGUUGAUCAAGGUCAUUAUACCACGGUGAGUAAAACUGAAGAUGGACAAUGGUUUAAAUUCAAUGAUUCUGUUGUCACUUCAGUAACGGAAGAGCAAGUAUUGGAACAACAAGCAUAUCUACUUUUCUACAUUAUUCGUUGA